GGAAGUACACUGCACUGCCGUUCCUCUUCCGCUCGCUUUCCAUAGAGACGGGCGGUCUUCAUUUUUCGCCGCGGGAGUACAACGGGCGAAAUUGUUGAGUGCUUCCGUAUCAGACAGCGGUGUAAACACGGGAGCCAGAGAGGAGGAAUUUCUGCUCCUUAUAUAGAUCGAUAACGACCGUUCCUUUGUAUAAGGAGCUUCGUUUCCUUGCCCAAGAGGAGGGGGUUCGGGUAACGUCAUCUGCAAGGCGACGGGCGUCUUAAACCUAGACAGGAGGCGGGACAGAAGGGUCCGACCAGAAGGCAAGCGGGAUGGCCUGGUUCGGGUCCGACUGAGUGUCUCUUUCCCGGUAAGAAAAAAUGAGUGGAGGCUUGGCACCAAGCAAAAGUACAGUUUAUGUGUCCAAUUUGCCCUUCUCACUGACAAACAAUGACUUAUACAGGAUUUUUUCGAAGUAUGGCAAAGUAGUUAAAGUUACUAUUAUGAAAGAUAAAGACACACGAAGGAGUAAAGGAGUUGCAUUUAUUUUGUUCUUGGAUAAAGAAUCAGCACAGAACUGUUCUCGAGCCCUUAACAAUAAACAGUUGUUUGGAAGAGUGAUAAAAGCAAGCAUUGCUAUUGAUAAUGGAAGAGCUGCAGAAUUCAUCCGGAGGCGAAACUACUAUGACAAAUCCAAGUGCUAUGAAUGUGGAAGUGUGGAAUUUCCCUUACUUUUCCUUAAGGAAACAGGACAUUUAUACUAUGCCUGUCCUAAGAAUAUGCUUGGAGAACGUGAGCCACCCAAAAAGAAAGAAAAGAAGAAAAAGAAAAAAAUUAUUGAGCCAGAAGAAGAACUUGAAGAAGAACAAGAGAGUGAAGAUGAGGGAGAAGACCCUGUCCUUGACAGCCUCAGUCAAGCCAUAGCUUUCCAGCAAGCCAAAAUUGAAGAAGAGCAGCAAAGGUCAACACAGAUUGCAGGAGAGCCCUCAACAUCAGACUCAAAACGGCCACGGAUCAAAAAAAGUGCAUAUUUUAGUGAUGAGGAAGAACUUAGUGAUUGAUUUAUAUGUUGUGUAAAUAGACAAAAUAUACUUGUAUUAAAUAGAGUGUAUAUUGCUACUAAAUCUUUUCUGCCGUUGUAAAUAAAAAGAGGAAAACUUGGGAGAUUACCACGUUUAUCUUGUAAUAUUGUAAGUGAAUCUUUAUGAUGAAAAAUACAGCAUUUUCAUGAUUGUUGUACAGUAGUAAAAUUAUGAAAUCAUUUUAUUUCUUUUUUGUUCUUAAAUAUGUUUCAGUAAAUUUGGCAUUGUUCCUAAUAAGAGUCUUUUGAAACCUGGUAAAGAAUCCUUAAACCUAAAACUUGUUUUUCAUUCCUGAAAGCAUAAUUUUAAAAAAAUUGUUUAGAGUGUAUCUUGUGCUCUUUCACCAAAUACCUCAGGAAAGGAUUAUGCUUGCUGUAUAUUGUAGCAUAGCUGGACCAGAAUGGUGGCAAUACAGCAUGCCAUGUUUUAUGAA